AUGCUCCUCUCAACAACGAUUCCAAUAAUAUGGAGAGAUGAGAUCAAUGCCGCCAUUGAGAUGCUCAACGAUCACGAUGCUGAGGGCUGCAUUAAUGCGCUCCAUACCCUGCUACUUAACCCAAGGGUUCCAGAGUACUGGCGCAUCCGAGCCUACGUUCUUUGCGGCAAAGCAACUAAUGACUGGUACGAAGCGGAGAAUUAUCAAUAUGCGGCGGAGCUCCUCUGGGCUGUUAGUCGUCGUUUGUGGCCCGCUGGAUACGACGAGGAUUUCGACCAGACCCUGCAUACCAACCGCACAUUUCUCGACGAGUUCGCCGUAGACUUGGACGCCGAGAUGCCAGACGAGCUGAGGGAAUUCCGCAAGAACGCCGAGAAGAAGGAGCAAGAGCAGGCUGCGGCCAUGAGUGAAGAGAACGACAGCACUGAUGAGGAAUGGGACGAAUCGGCCAAUCCAAGUGAUGAAGGAGAGGUCGAGAUGCAAGAUUUUGGCCAAGACAGCCCGCCUGGCGACGUUUCGCCAUACGAUCCGGAGGCAGUGAUGAUCGAAGCUGCUGGAGACGAGACCUGGGAGGAAGUGAAGGGAGGAAGCGACGAGGAGUGA